CCCCCAUCCUCAGGGAGCGCAGGCGCACUGGGUCCGCUGCUCUUCUCCCUACCCCUUGCUUCUUUCCGGCAAAGGUUUGUGGAAGCGGGCUGGAGGCCGCCUUUGAAAGACAGUGACAUUCAUUUCCCAAGCUGGGGUCUGUGGGGGCCGAAGUGGGCGGUCCCCGGACCGUGAGGUGGCCAUGGAGGCGAAGGUGGGACCGGCGGAAUCCGGGGAGCCUGCUGAGCUCCCCGCUGCGGUGCGGGCGAAGAUCGAGCGAAAUCGGCAGCGAGCAUUGAUGCUACGCCAAGCUCGGUUGGCGGCCCGGCCGUACCCAGCGGUGGGGGCUGCUUCGGGGAGCGCGGAAGGUGCAGGCAUUACUAAUGUGAAAUCAGCACCAAAAAUAAUUGACACAGGAGGAGGCUUCUUUUUAGAAGAGGAAGAAGAAGAGGAGCAAAAAAUUGACAAAGUUGUACAUAAACCAGGGCCUGUUCUAGAAUGUGAUUAUGCAGUUUGUGAAGAAUGUGGGAAAGAGUUUAUGGAUUCUUACCUGAUCAAUCACUUUGAUUUGGCAACUUGUGAUAAUUGCAGAGAUGCUGAUGGUAAACACAAGCUUAUAACCAAAACAGAAGCAAAACAACAGUACCUCUUGAAAGACUGUGAUUUGGAAAAGAGAGAACCAGUGCUUAAAUUUAUUGCGAAGAAGAAUCCUCAUCAUUCACAGUGGGACAUGAAACUUUACUUAAAACUGCAGGUUAUAAAGAGGGCUCUUGAAGUCUGGGGCAGUGAAGAAGCCCUAGAGGAAGCAAAGGAAGUUCGACAGGAAAACCGGGAGAAAAUGAAACAGAAAAAAUUUGAUAAGAAAGUAAAAGAAUUACGAAGAGCUAUAAGAAGCAGUGUAUGGAAAAAAGAAACAGCUAUUCACCAGCAUGAGUAUGGACCCGAAGAAAGCAUUGAAGAUGACAUGUACCGGAAGACUUGUACAAUUUGUGGUCACCAACUGACAUAUGAAAAAAUGUAAUGUGAGUUUUUAGACUUAACCUUUUUGAAAUAUUUUAUAUUUAAAUAAAAUUUUAAUGACAAGUUUUGUAAUUAUGCAAAA